AUGAGCUUCCUCUCACGCCUGGUGACGCUCUUUGGCCUCGCUUUACUGGCUCACGCAGGUUACUCCGCCCACGAACACACCGUGCUUUUUAGUAAUGCCAGCAUCUCAGCCGUUACCACCUUGCCGCAAGAUAUCAUCGCAGAGACCCUACUCUCCGUCCUAGUUGUAUCGAUCGGUUUGGUGCUGAGUGCGGAGAAGCUGAAGCCCAUUAGCUGGCGCGAUUGGGCCGGCCAGAUUGAGCGAGAUGGCGGUGCGCGGAACCCGUACGUUGGGCUGGAAGAGCGAUAUAGCUUUUGGGAUAUUCGGGCUAAGCGAAAGGAAUUCGCGGGUUGGGUUCGCGGUCCAAACGAGGCGGUCAAGGAGUAA